AUGUUUGCAUCCCCUCCAUCGAAGAACUGCGCCGUGGGAGGAAAUGAGUUCAGAAAUCGUUCAAAAUCUCAUUACUACAUCACGAAAAUUGACUGGCUCAUCGCUUUUCGCAAUGUAACAGUCGCAUGUGUCACCCCGAGUUUGUCCUACCUUUAUGUUUUGGGUUAUUUCAUGGAUAGAACAGCCGAUGUAGCUGUGACUCCAAAACCGUAA